GUCAUGCAUGAAUGCACUUAAGCACAUAAUAAGUUAUAAGACAAUUAAUUAAGUUAUUUGACACAAAAGUCAGAAGCUAGGGUGGUGAAGACUCAAUAAAAUGGACUCUUGGGUUAGAAUGCUGUUUCUCAUUGCUUGCAUUGUUCCAGCUUUAGUCGAGUGCAAAGUGAGGCACUACAAAUUCAAUGUGGUACUGAAGAAUACUACUAGGUUAUGUUCAAGCAAACCAAUUGUCACCGUUAAUGGGAAAUUUCCAGGACCCACUCUUUACGCUAGGGAAGAUGAUACAGUGCUAGUCAAAGUCAAUAACCUUGUCAACCACAAUGUCACCAUCCACUGGCAUGGUGUGAGACAACUUAGAACUGGUUGGGCUGAUGGGCCUGCAUACAUCACACAGUGCCCAAUUCUGUCAGGACAAUCAUAUUUGUACAACUUCACCCUUACAGGACAAAGAGGAACACUUCUUUGGCAUGCUCAUGUUAACUGGCUAAGGUCAACUCUCCAUGGUGCCAUAGUUAUCUUGCCAAAGAGGGGUGUGCCAUACCCUUUCCCAAAACCAGAUAAAGAGUUGGUUGUAAUAUUAGGAGAAUGGUGGAAAUCUGAUACAGAAGAUGUUAUCAAUGAAGCUCUCAAGUCAGGAUUAGCACCAAAUGUCUCAGAUGCUCAUACCAUUAAUGGCCUUCCAGGGAUUGUGUCUGUGGCCAAUUGUUCUACACAAGAUGUGUACAAGCUUCCUGUGGAAAGUGGCAAGACCUACCUAUUGAGAAUCAUCAAUGCUGCACUCAAUGAGGAGCUCUUCUUCAAAAUUGCUGGCCAUCCAUUCACUGUGGUUGAAGUUGAUGCCUCAUAUGUAAAGCCCUUCAAGACAGACACUCUUUCGAUAGCCCCUGGUCAAACCACCAAUGCCCUUUUAACUGCUGACCAAAACUCUGGCAAAUACACAAUUGUAGCCUCUACUUUCAUGGAUUCUCCAGUUGUAGCUGUGGAUAACUUGACUGCAACAGCCACAUUGCACUACACUGGCACUCUUGCCACCACUCCUACACUUCUCACCACCCCUCCUCCAAGAAAUGCCACCCAAGUUGCUAACAACUUCACCAAUUCUCUCAAAAGCCUUAAUUCUAAGAAAUACCCUGCAAAAGUCCCACAAAAAGUUGAUCAUUCACUUCUCCUCACUGUUGGUUUGGGGAUUAACCCUUGUCCAUCUUGCACAGCUGGCAAUGGGAGUAGAGUAGUGGCUGCUGUCAACAAUGUGACAUUUGUGAUGCCAACCACUGCACUGCUUCAGGCUCAUUACUUCAACAUCAAGGGGGUGUUCACCACUGAUUUCCCUGGCAACCCUUCUCAUGUUUACAACUACACGGCGACUCCGCCGGCGGCAGCUUGGCAGACCACAAAUGGCACCAAGGCUUACAGGCUGGCAUUCAACUCCACAGUUCAGGUUGUUUUGCAGGAUACUGGGGUCAUUGCUCCUGAGAGCCACCCGGUUCAUCUUCAUGGGUUCAACUUCUUUGUUGUUGGCUCUGGUGUAGGAAAUUAUGAUCCCAAAACGGAUCAAAAUAACUUUAAUCUUGCGGAUCCUGUUGAGAGGAACACAAUUGGAGUGCCUACUGGAGGGUGGGUUGCUUUCAGAUUCAGAGCAGAUAACCCAGGAGUGUGGUUCUUGCACUGCCAUUUCGAGGUGCAUACAACAUGGGGGUUGAAGAUGGCAUUCUUGGUGGACAAUGGUAAAGGUCCUAAUGAAUCACUGCUACCCCCACCAAAAGAUCUUCCAAAAUGUUAGACUUUUCAGUCAUCGAUUGAACAACACACAGACAAGGGAAGGAUACAGAGAAGCUAGGAAAAACAAGAGAAUAAAGGGGAUGGUGGUUAUUUAAUAAGCAGGAUGUCCCACUUGCCUUUUUGAGCUAAUGGGAGCAUUUCUUCACAGUAGGUUGGAGUCAGCAUUUUGGUUUUCUUUGAACAUACACUUUUUUCUUGUUAAAGCGAUUCAGAUCAUAUUCAUAUGUAUUGAGAUCGACCCUGCAUAAUUUGGUUAUUUACUGAAAUAAAUCUGUCACGUACUUCAUCGUUACAUGGUU